GGUGGACAAAGCAAAUCAACGUCUUCUCAAUAACAACACGUCGUUAAUGUACACAGCCGAGGCAAGCAUUGAGACGAAGCUUGGCGACGCCCAGGGCUGGAAAGAUGUCCUCACGGCUGCCGGGUUUCGCUUCAGGAAGGCGGCAAAGAAUUUACCUGACGCCGUGUUUUUCCCGCUCAAAGAUGAGAAAGGAAAGUUACGACAGUGUGGCGACAUUUUACGAUCGUUACUGGGUAUGUUAGAUAAAGAAAUAUCAUUAUUCAAGAUUUCAGAUUUCUAAUAUGGGCAUCGCCAUGUCAUUCCAAUCUCUUCUCCACAGGAAUGCGACAGGCACGAACAUUCAUCCCUGUCAACUACUGAGACCUGCUCGUAGUCACUGAGAGACUAUUUUCCUUUGUUGAGGCUUGCAAUUUUUUAGUUGAUUUAUUAUUAUUAAUGAUUAAUAACUCAUCGCACGAAAUGAAUUACAAUUUACCAUGUGUUUUACAAUUUUGGUAAAAAUUAGCUAUGAACAAAAUCUAACUAUACUACAAUGUAUCAUUAAGACACUGAUCAUGCUAGGGGGAAAACUGUUACCCUGGAAGAAUACAAUUUGGGUACAACAUUAACGUUGUGUUGAGCGAGUAAUAAUAAUGUCUGUUAUUGCAAAGUCUAAAACUCACUCACAGAUUUAGUUAAAGCCGCGUUGUUUAACCAAUAAGCCCUCUUGGUUGUAGUGCGUCCAUAAAUAAAUUACUUACUCUAUAUUUUGAACUAUUUGUAGGACUGAGUCCAACAACAUUGCAAGCAACGUCCAAGGUUCUAUCAUCCCCGAGUCUUGUGAGGGCUCUCUUAGAUUUGGUGAGUAUGUAAUCAAACUAGUCUCAUUCGUAACCUCGCUAGCCCGACUCGACAACAUAAAGCGUAGAUAAAGGUGUCAACAGAAAAUUUUAAGCAGCUGCAGGAAAUUUCUUAGGUUGAAAAUCUGAUCCAUGCAGGCCUAGAAAAUACUGAUAUUUCUCUCCUGGCAGCAAAAUCCCAAAAUAGAAAUUCCUGUGUAAGUCAAAUAUAGAACUACCCUGGUUCCAGAGGUUUAAAAUAAACCUCUGGUUGAAAGCGGCAAUUGAUUCAUCGAGCCGCGCCAAUCAGUUUGAAUUAGGGUCAGAUUCUGACUCUGUCUCCUGAUUGGAUGAUUGGAUUAAAGCUCUCUGAUUGGUUAUAGAUGUUUUAUUUGAAUCAAUCAGAGAGCUUUAAUACAAUCAUCCAAUCAGGAGACAGAGUCGGGAUCUGGCCCUAAUUCAAACUGAUUGGCGCGGCUCGAUGAAUCAAUUGCCACUUUCAACCAGAGGUUUAUUUUCCCUCUCCCCUUCGCAAUGAUAAUAAUAAAAAUAAACCUCUGGAACCAGGGUAAUAUAGAACAUCUAUUUCAAAAACUGUAUAUUUCGAAUCUAUUUUUAUUCAUCUUCAGCAGUAUUUUUACAAGAUAUUAAAUAUAAAACUAACUGCAUAUGUAGAUUUCAGAGAAUGUAUGGUAGUAAACUUCAAUAAUCUCGACUUGCAAAAUGCUUUUGUAAACAAUAAGUAAAUUUAUGCAUUCCAGUAUGUAAGAUGACAAAAAAUUUUCUGCAAGAUGUAAAAUUUCCUGCGAAGAUAUUUUGUUGAAACUUUCCUCGCAGGGUUGAUUUGAGUUUGGAAUCCAUGGUUGACAGAAAUUCUUUAUGGGCACAGAAAUUCUUUAUGGGCUACUACAUUUAACACAAAAAUACUGUAGAAGUAGAUCUAAGGAAGAGUUUUCAACUAACUGUCAAUGCUCAACGUUUAGUUCAACUUGGUGCUGUCGAGUUUUGCGAAAGGUUUGAACAAUGUUCAAGUACCACUGCCGCUCAAUCUCUGGCAUAUGAUUGGCUGUCAUGAACUGCUGGCGUCAAUGGCAUUUGAUCUACUUGGUGUAGGGAAAAAUGAAGUGAUGUUGCGGUCAGGAGGGGUAAACAGUCGUCGUGUCUUGCAAUGUGCUGUCGUCGCAUUGAACACUUUGACUGGUAAGUACUUCGAUCUCGUCAAAAUAAAGUUAGACUGUGGUAUUCAUCCUUUAUUGCAAGCGAUUGCUUCCACACGGCAAACUCUCAAUAUCUACUCCUUGUAGGUGGGCUAGGAACAGACAAUAUUGAAUUCAACGGUGAGUUUCCGUUGCGUCGUGCCGGCUCAGAUUCCAGUCUGAAGAGUUCAGUUUCAACUAUAUCCAGCUUUAGCUACGCCAGUGCCGAGCGCACGAUCCAGGCACGAUCGUAUCACGGUAGUUCACGAAGAAGUCACGUGAGUGACAUCGAAUCAAUUCUUGAUGACCUUGAGAAAUGUCAAGAGGAAUCGAGCGUUGACCCAGAGAUCGCCGAUGACGUUCCGAACACUCCCGAUAAUAUUCCGAUAAAUUCCGAAAGCCGAGCGCUGUCACUGGACAAAAAACGUAACACCAGAACAAACAGCUCACAAAAUAUAAAUUCUCCUAAACUAAGCGAAACGGAUGGACUUAAAUUUGGCAGUUCAUCUCCUUUUAUCAAUAACAAUACUUUGGCUCCGCCUGAAGUAACCGGAAGUCCACUGAGCCCGUCAUCACCCAGCGGUAAACCAUUCGUGUCCAGUCCUGUCCGCAUGAACGGUCACAUGAAUGGACUCUGGGAAAAUCCCACCAUGAUGGCAAAAUCUCCGGUCAUUGAUCGAACAUCAUUUCCGUUUCCGUCACACUUUCGUGAAACUUCGGAUUCCCUCGAAUCAGAGUCGUCAACAAGCGUGAGUAGUCCCGGACAUAAAACCCCCGGAAGUAUUAACCUUAUGCAACAGCGUGUGAAUGGCGUUAGCCGUGACCAUGGCGAUAAGCAUGGCGUGAGCAGUUUACGUAACCAUGGUGAUACAAAUGGUGUCGAUAGAUCGCCGCAGAUGAGAAGAGGGAACUUACGCCGGGGGCUUAAUGCCGUAGAACACGAAGUCGAUCUGUCACAUGACAUUGACGAGACACUUGACCUCACACAUGAUCAAGAUCCAUUACGUCAUCAGGACGUGACAAUCCGAUCGAGAUCUGUUUCAUUUGGUAGCAUCGCUGACAGUGACGAUACCACCGACCACAAAGAUCGCAGACCGAACGAUGUUGAGACUUUCCACGCAUUUAUUCAAAACACGCGUGGGACUCGCAGGACGCUGUACACGCGUGGGGAUAAUGGUAAUAUAAAUAAAAGAUUCUCGAAAUCUGAAGAAAUUUUACAGUCUGUUGGAAAGGCCCACGAGCCACGCGAGAUUUUCUCCAUGGAAUUCGAUACAGACACCAAUAGCAUGAUGAGUGAUAGAGCACGUGAUUCUGACGUCACUUCCGGUGUCUCAAGCAGUUCAAGUUAUCUGGAGGCGCGGUUACAAAAUGGCGGUAGAACUCAUCCACAGGCCAACCACACGAGAAACCUGAAGAGGGAAUAUUUAGCGAAUUUAAAGAAUCUUCAAGCUUCAUCAUGUUAAUAGAAUUAUCAUGUUAAUAUAAUCUUUUCAAACAUAGUUUCACCUUUAUUGUUUUAGAUAUAGCAUACAUUCUUAUUAAAUAGGAAUACCAACUUGUAGACAUAAAAGUUCUGGGACCAUUGCCCUUGUGGUGGUUCUGGCGCCCCUGGUUAAGGUAUCUUCAAAAGAAAGCGUUAAUUAUUUGACAAUGUCAUUGUGAUUGAAUGUUGAUUUAGACAUCAAAGAUGUUUUUAUAAAUGUUUGAGUGGAAAUGUAAAAAACUAUGUUUUCAAAGAAAAUUAAUCCUUCCAUCAAUUUUGAGAUAGAUAGACGAAACUGUAAGGUAAAAUAAAGAUAUUUUUCUAUUUCAAAAGUAUUUACCAACUUUGAAGGUUUCGUUUAGUUUAGACAUCUUCCUUCACACGCAGUUUAUAUUGGUGGGUUUCAGUGAGCGUUAAGCCCGGAUGAGAGUGCAUGAGAGCCAGUGCCAAUCAUGCAACCUUGGUUAACUGUUCUUACUGUCGUUCCAAUUGAAGUGUUGCUCAAAUAUUGAUUCAAUACAUUACCUCAGGCUGACCAAUUCAUUUCAUCAAGUUCCUCGAAAUAUUCAUACACUUCCUAGUAUAAUUAUUGUAAACUUCCUGUUGAAUAGUUUGAAUGCACCAAUCACCUUUGUUGUUUGUGCAACUAACCAAUCAUAAAUAGAAAGGAAGUGACCAAAAAUGAUCAAAUUCUUGGAAUUGGCUCUUUCACAGGAAGUGUAUGAAUAUCUCGAGGAACUUGAUGAAAUGAAUUGGUCAGCCCGAGGUAAUGUAUUGAAUCAAUAUUUGAGGAACACUUCAACUGGAACGACAGUAAUGCUUUCCCAACACUAUCAUGUAUUCUGUUUAAGUUAAAACAUAGAACACUCAUCAAACCUAUACUUUGUUAAUCUACAGUGCGUAUAAAAAAAACCUGAACCCUUUCAAAUUCAAAUUAGCUAUAACGUAUUGUAGUAAUUUGACAGCUCUAAUUGCUUUGAAUUAAUGGUUGGGUAAGAACACAAGCAACGUCUUGUACUCAUGGGACGAAACUCGAAGAAAUAAAAAUUAGAAAAUUUAAAAGUUUUUAAGAGUUUUGUCCCAUGAGUACAAGACCUUGUGUUCUUACCCAAUCAUUAAUUCAAAGCAGUUAGAGCUGUCAAAUUACUACAAUACGUUAUAGCUAAUUUGAAUUUGAAAGGGUUCAGGUUUUUUUUAUACACCCUGUAGAGCUUGAAAUGUCCCCUGUAACAAUGCGUGGCUGCCAACUCUCAUCCUCGUUUCAUCCGGGGCUUUACGCGACCCAGCUGGUGGUAACUGCUAGUUAAUUACCAUCUGCUGCACGAUAAGAGCACUAGUGCUUAGUGGAACCCAACUAAACAGCACAGCUAAAAUUUACCGGUGUAUAAAACAUACAUGAUGCACUUUAAAAUUUAAAUGUAUUUAAAAUUUUGACAUGAUUUGCAGUUUGUGAAUUGAAUGAACUGGAUAAGGGUUAUUUAUAUUGUGACUUGUAAUUAUCAUUAAAUUAUAUUACUUUUUCCAGUACAACUAAAUGUUAGUUUUAUGAGAAACGAAUCAAAUCUAAGAUUCAUAAAUUUUGAUAUUGCCUGUAUCGAUUGUGUAAUGCAUGAUUAAUGGUAUUUUUCAUACUAAAAUAUGAAUUGUAAGCUUUCGCAAAUAUGUAUAUAUAUAAUCAGUGUACAUUAGCGGCCAUUUAAUAAUAAUAUAAAUUAUAAUCAUGAAAAUUGUAUAAUCUGUAAGCACUAUAUAUUUAUAUGCAAAUACGUUAAUUAAACACUAUAUAAAUUUACCGCAGAUGCAAUGUGUAUAUAUGGAGCACUUGUUUAAUUAUAUAAUUUGGUAUUUGUUGAGCGAAGAAUAAACAAAUUUGUUUGACUUGUGAAGUAUUGUAAACCAAAACUAACUUUCUUUACACUGGAUAGCUCAUUCAGUUCUGAACUGCUCUCCCUAGAGGCCCAGUAAGGGUUAUCUCAGUCUUACUAUAUACAGGAGGAAACUUGCAUGUGCUGUUUGGUAGAGUCAAACCAGUGGCGGACACUUUUCAAACAUGCAACAAAAAAUCGACAAUGACAUUUAAAGAAGUGCCUGUUGCAAAAAGUUGACCCCCUAGUAUCUGUCAAAAAGAGUGUAUAAAAGUAUAGUGUACAGUACAGAAACAUAUAUUAUUAUAUUAUGAUGACAAUUACGUUAUAUGAACGUGAUUUGUGUUAUUUGGUACACGAUUUUUACAGUCUUUCAAAAUUAUUGGGGUGGGGGGCUCGGGGCCCCCCUAGCUCCCCUCCCCCUAGUGUGCCCGCCACUGAGUCAAACGUAAUUGAACAAUUCUGAAAUUAUUAUAAAAACUGAAUACUGCUUGAAUCGAACCGACCAGUAUCCCACCAAAUACUAACAACAACUCCCAAAGUCCCAACAUCCCUUUAUAGAAAAUCAAACAAAAAAUAUGAAACGGUUUCGCAUUUCUUCCAAUAUAAGUUUCAAUAUCUUGCCAGUUUUUGACUACUAAUCUUGUAUAUACAAGCUUGAUAAUAAAGUACAUUGUGUGUGUUUCACAAUAUUCAUAUCUUGUCCUACAUAGUAAGACAAUUUAGCAGUUCAUGUCCCUCUUGCCUCGGCCACGGAGGACGGCCUGCUGUCCACGACGACGUUCGGCCACGUUUCCUGAACCAGCAGGGCGCAGCGCAGGAAGAAUGACGCUGUUUUGAUCGUAAUGUGCUGUUCUCCCGUUCAACCUGAAAAAACGGGAAAAAGUGGGAAGAUGCGUUGAAUGAUUCGCUGAAGUUAACAAUCAAUUAUUCGGCGAAGGCGAGGUGAUUAUCGGAG